GCAGAAAAUCGAUUAAAAUGGUGCGUUUACAUGACAUCCAUUCGUUCAUAAUUAAAUACAAUGAGUUCAAGUGUAAUACUUUUAUAAUGCCUGUGAUAGAGAUAUACGAUAUAAUAUAUAACAAAAUAUUGUUCAAUAUUUACAUCAAGUUAAUGUAAAAAAAGAUGUAUACACAUUUAACUACGCAAUUACAUGAUUUAACUAAUCACAAUGUGUCAGUUUUUGAAUCAUCGAAAAUCAUGAAAUAUUUUUAGAUAAAACUUUUCUUAAAAUACUUUGACAUUCCUAAAACGAUAACCUCUAACAUUUGAUCAAUUUUCUAUAUAUUGAUGUUAAAUGAAAUACUUUCUGUACUGUUACAAGUAAAGUAAUGUUAUAAAAGAGAAAUACUUAAUAAAAAGUAUUAUGAUGUAUUUUCUAAAGUGCUAUAUCAUUGAAAAAAUUUAGAAACUAAUACCUGUAUCAAAUAAAAAUUGCAUAUAAAUUAUAUAUAAAAGAGAGUUAACUUGAGAAUUAAUUUGAGAGCAAUUGUUCAUAACUAAAUAUAUGUUUGUAAAAAGAUGGAAAAAGAUAAUCUGAAAAUAUUAGUAUAUCAAGAACAAUCUGAGAGCACAGUAAAUCAAUGUUGGCCAUGUCUUAUAGAAUCGUCUAACAAGAAUUCAGUACCAAUGAACAAUUAUACAAAGGGAUCACUAAAUCUUAAAAGUAUCCUAUAUAUACAAAAUAUAUAUAAUUCUAGUAAUAAACUUUUGCCAAAUAAAUUAACUAAUCUAAUAAAGUUAGAUUUAUCUGACAAUUAUUUAAAAGAUCUACCUGACUAUUUGGAUCUAUUAAAAAAUCUACAACAUCUUAUUCUCAAUAAUAAUCAACUUUCAUGUUUGCCAAGUGUAAUUGGAAAUCUAGAAAAAUUAGUAUCUUUAAAGGUACACAAUAAUAACAUAAAAGAAAUUCCAGAAAAUAUUGGAAAUUUAUCAAAUCUUGAAGAUUUGGAUUUAAGUUCUAAUAAAUUAAGAGACAUUCCAGGGACGUAUAAAAUGUUAAAUAGAUUAAAAUAUCUUUCUCUUGCUAAUAACAAUUUUAUGUGUACUCCUGAUUGCCUUAGAACAGGAAUGUGCAGUUUGGAAAUGUUAGAUUUAUCACAAAAUAAUCAUAUUAUGUUGAAUGUUCCAUUAUGCAGUAUUAAGAUUAAAAGAUUUUAUGCUAAAGAAAAUGAUAUCUGUCCAUCAUUUUUAAAUUGGAUAUUUACUAACAAAUAUUAUAAAUUGGAAGAAGUAUUAUUAGAUUAUACAGUGUUUCAGAAAUUUAAUUUUCCAAGUGAAGAAAUACCAAUGUUAAAUAUUACAAAAUUAUCAAUGAUACAAUGUCAAUUGUCUGAACAACUUUUGAGUGAAAUUAUUAAAAGACUAAAGUGUCCUGAAAGUUUAAAUAUUGGUAAUGAUGAAAUAACAAAGAAAGGAAAUACAUUUUGGGUUUUACCAAUUAAAGAUAUACAAGAUAAAUCUAACCUGAAAGAAAUAAAUCUUCGUAAAACAAAUAUUCCAAUGAUACCUAAAUGCAUAAAUGAGUUUCUGACUUUGGUAACAAUAGAUGCUAGUUGUAAUAACAUCACUUGGUUACCUGAUGAAAUAUGUGACUUGCAUAAUUUACAAAAUUUGAUAAUAAAUAAUAACUUAUUAGUUAGUUUGCCUGACUCUAUUGGCCAAUUGGCAUCACUUAAAACAUUAAUAGCUAGUUAUAAUGCAUUAACUUGUUUACCAAGUUCUAUGAUGCAUUUAAAUAAUUUACAGUUUCUGGACCUUUAUGAUAAUAAAUUUUUUACAGCAACAGAUAUUAAUAUUAAUAUGACUUGUUUACAAGGAAUAGAUCUUGAACAAAACUAUUUUUCAACUAAUGAUUUACCGAGUUAUGAAAAUUUAAGAGCUGUAUUAUUAGAAUAUUGGAUCAAAGAAUUUAGAGAAGUUGGUUUAAAAAAGGAAUCUGAAUGCAGUGAUGACAAUGAAUCUUUACAUUCAUUUUACUCAUAUAAAAUUAAUGAUGAUGAACUUUGGUUAAUCUCUAGAUUACAAGAAGUACAGAAUUCUUCUGAAUGGGUUGAGGAAAAUUGGGAUGAUUCAGAAAAUUCAGCGGAUGAAUUUGAUCCAAAUGAAUAUUGGAAACCGAAACUCCGACAAUGUUCUCCAAUCUUUGCUUAUAAAAGACAAAUUUUACAGUCACAUUUUUGUCCUGCAGAUUUACAUGCUAAAUCAAUUUUAAAGCAUUUUAGACAAAUGUUAAAUAACGAUACUUUCUCUUCGAAUACUGAAUUUGAAACAGAUCUUCGAUGGAGAAUAAGAUCAUCAAGAUUUUUGUUCUCUAUUCAAAAUGAACGAAUUAAAAAGGGACGCGGCAUAUAAAAAUUUACAAUCGAGAUUAAAUAAUUUAUUACAACUUAGUACCGAGACCAUCUUGUCGUCAACGUUCGACGAAGAAAUUCAAAAUAUUUUAACUCGAGAUUAUUACGACAAAAAUAUUACGAUUAUCCUAAGCAACAAUAAUAAUAAAGAUUUUAAAAGAGAGAACAGGAUGGACUUAGAUAAGUUUAUUCCUUCUUUAAAUAAAACGCAAUUGAGAGAAGAAAUUUCUACCUAUAAAAUGCCACUCCAAAUUGUCGGUAUUGUCGUCGUCAUAACGAUAAUCUUAACUUGUUGUUGCACAUUGCAUUUAAGAAAGAAAUUAAUGGCUUUAGUAAAUAAGGUGGUAGGAAAAAAGAAAAAAGAUAGAUUAUCGUCGUUGGAUGUAGAAAAGGGCAAGAGAGAAUCGAAGAGUGGCUUGAUGAGUGUAAAAAAGAUACAAAAAAAGGAAACCAAGCCAGUAACUCAGAAUGUAACACAACCAGUACCGCAACUUGCUAUGACAACAACAUCUAGUAUUCAAGCAGAACCAUCGCCAACUGGAUGUUGCAAAUGUUUCAAAAAAAAAAGAAAGAAAACUCGAAAAAAGCACAAGAGAUAAUAAGAACUCAAA